UUUCUCUCUCUUUCUCUUCCCUCUGGAUUCCCAAAAAGCUUGUGGAUUAUACAGAAUAUUUAAAUACCUUUUUUCUCCGUUGCUUAAAAUAAGAUUGAGUUCCUCCUCAAAAUAAAAUUAUUUGGCAAAUAUUGUUAUGAGCAUCACUUGGUUUUCAGUUCACAUUCUCUUUUUCUCCGUGGAAUUGACUUUGCUCUUCUUUUUCUUUUCAGUUAGAGAUAACCCAGAAAGAACUGAGCAGUCCAGUUGACAAAAAGUUAUCUUUGUCGAUAAUCAAUUGCUCCUCCAAGCUGGGCUGCUUCAUUUCUUCUCAUUCUUUUUUUUGGGGUGGUUUCUGAUACCGGAUCCAUUUCUUCAGCUGAAGGGACCUGGAUUUCCAGCUUGGCUAUUAUGUCGGUUGCCGUAAAAAAAGGCAUGAAAUGAUUUGGUUUCCUCAAUUGCCUGUUUUCCAUUUUCGGAUAGGGAAGAGGUUAAAUGAAAACCAAGGGUAGUAGAAGGAAGUGCUUGUUAUUGGGCGUGGUUCUCAAAUCUUAGCAGCAACAGUUGGGUGGAUGAUUUAUUUCUCAUGAUCAUAAUGGCCUCCUUCUGGUUUCCUUAUGGUUAAUGGUACUACAGCAACUAGAAUAUCUGGAGGUUUCCUCUCUACCAUCGUGAAACUUGUUUACUGUGGAAUACGAUUUGACAGGCUGGUGUCCAUGUGAUGUGGAAUGGGUCUGUUGUCAAAGUGUAAGAAUUACGUGGAGAAAGAGGUUGGUACUUGAAGUUCUAUUUCUUUGUUUUAUUUGAUCCGAUCAUGGCAAAAAUGGAGGAUACUUUCAUAAAUGAUGAUAAUGACAGCCAUGAGAAAGAAGAAAUAGGGAAUAGCCCGAGCAAGGGCAGAGAAGUAUGCAGAGAAAAUUGUCUGAAUUGUUCUGAGGUAGAUUCUCAAAGAUCUCUGAGCAAGCCAGAGCGUUCUCUAAUAUUAGAUUUUAAGAGAUUAAAAAUUGGUCAAAGUGGUGUGAAGGGUCCAUUUGUUCGAGGUACUCUCCUCUUUGAUAAUAAGAUCCCAAAACAUGUGGUGACUCUAGAUGAGAAGUAUCUUCGCCAUUGCUUGGAAUUGAUUCAUGUUAGUGCAUCAAAAUCAGCCCAAUGCAGCAUCCCUGUAAAUUUGGGCUCCAUGAAUAUGGAUGUCUCUUCUGAUGGCUUGAGCAUUACGAAAGUUAGAAAUGAAAGCACUUGUGAUUUGGAUAGGUUUGUUCUUGAAUGUCCAUUGGUAGGUGGAGCUGGGAACGUAGUCAUCAGCUCUACUGGACAAUGGCUUAUAGGUCCAAUUAUGGAUAGUAAGAGCAUGAUGCACAAAUUGAACAGCUCUUUGGUAAAAGAAUUGGGUGAAUUAGAUAUUGGAUCUAAUUUUGGGACAAGUGGAUUGAAUGAUGUUAAGGACUCCAGAUCUUGUGAUUUCAUGAGCUCUUCUAGUGGGUUAAGUAAUUAUUCUCUGCAAAAGUUAGAAAAGAAAAUACCAAGUCCCAGGAACCAUAAACAUGAAUCUGGGACUCAGCAUAGAAGGCUUAUUUCCAUGUCAAGCACAAACUCUACUUGCUCUUCUGAUCAUUCGGGUUCUUCUACUUCAACCAGUCUUUAUCAAGGAAUGCUCCAAAGCACCUGGAAGAAUGGUAUUCCGCAUUUUGUUUUUUCCCUAGAUGAUCAGAGAGAGGUCUACGUUGCUAGCUUGUAUGGGAUUGAGUCAGCUGAUAAUCUGGCAUUAGAUUUCGCAUACUUGUUCCAUUUGAGAAAGGGUGGUGGAAGGGACCAUGAAACCUAUGCUAAUGUGUCACGCCUUAUUGGUAAGAUGGAUGUAUCAACUUCUUUCACUCUUUGCCCAAACAAUUCAAAAAUCAUGGAGAGAGAGUUUACUUUGUUUAGCAGUGGUGAAAGUUUGGUGGGAGGGACCCAAACUGCAUCUCAUAACCUUAGGAAGAAUAAGGGGUUGUCUAAGAAGGUGGUUAAUGCAUUCAGGAUUAGUCAACCAUCCAGGCAGAGAAGCGUCUCAAAAUUUGAUGGGGCAAGUUCAACAUUGGAAUGUAGUUGGGAGCCAUACCAAGAUAUAGCUAUUGAUACUUUAGGUGGAGUCAAUCUCUUAGAAAAUCAUCUUCCACCAAAUUUCGAAUCAGUUGCCAUUGUUGUGGAAGACCAUCUCCCUGACAAUCGCCAAACUGAAGUUGGAGGCUGGGGCUUGAAAUUCCUCACGAAAGCAAAUAUGAAGCAAACCAUCAAUACUCUUGAAGACUCUGUGCCUUCUGCUUGUUGUACUCGUGAUAUUGGUGUUUGCUCAACAAGUCUGGAUGUUCUAGUUCCGGCAGGUCUUCAUGGUGGGCCAACCCAAAAUGGUGGCCCUUCAAGUCUCAUUGAAAGGUGGAAAUCAGGUGGAUCCUGUGACUGUGGUGGUUGGGAUUUGGGGUGCCUGUUGACAAUACUAAAAACCAGGUCAAGCAAAGAAGAGGCUUCAUCACAAAUAGAGAUUGAGGAGGAGUGCAAGUCAUUUGAUUUGUUCAUACAGGGUUCAAAGCACAGUGCUCCUGGGUUGAGGAUCGUAAAUGUACAUGAUGAUUUGUAUUUUAUUCAUUUUCAAUCAUCACUAUCAGCUCUGCAAGCUUUCUCUAUUGCUGUCGCCUAUAUCCAUAGUCAGAAUCCAACAUUGUGGCCUAAAACUGUACAGGAAUUGAAAUAGCCAGAUUCAGAGUUGAAGUUUCUUCAUUAGUUGUAACCUUUUUUCUGUUUACAGUUGUAAGUCAAACAUCUACACAGGAACUGAGAUGGUUGGUUAUUCAAUCUUGCUUGUUGCUAGUUUGUCUAGUCUCAGAUCAAAUUUUUAGGUUAGUUUGUAUUGAGAAGGUCAUCCUUCAAUCCACAGAUUAGAAAGAAAGGCUUGUAAUAUGGUAAUUUUUUAAUGAAUGUAUAAGUUUUUGAUGAAGUGAUUUUGGCACCAAA